AUGUUUACGGCCUUGGCCCCCAAGCUGCGCGAGAUCUGCUUUUGCAAUACACCAGACCUGACCAAUCCACUCUCCGGUGCCAGCCACUCUCUCCAAAGCAAAGUGGAUCUUGGCCACAACAACGACGGCACCGUCUUCGCCCAAAACGCGCCAGAGACCUUUUACAGUGAUAUCUCUGCCCAGGCAGCAGCAGAGCUCCCCCAGAACGAUGUGACCCAUAAUUAG